CAGUCGGUCACUGAGUUGCAGAUGCGGAUUCAAGAUAGCAAUUCAAAUGUCACCACCGGCGGAUUGCGUGCCGCUGAACUGACAGGCAGUAACCUCAUGGUUGAUGAAAAUACUCAGCACUUACAUCAUGGUUCGCAACAACUUGGGGAUUCUAACCAACUGCCCCAUUAUUAUGCCUCCUUCGCAACUUCCGACGCCACUGAUGUACCUACAUCCACAGCGAAAUCCAAAGAUUCCAAGUCAAAGCGUCGAAAGCCAUCGAGGCUUUUCCCACAGUGGAUGUAUGAGGCGUUUUACCUUUCGAUGGAUUUCCUUCCAGACAAACUUUUGACAGGCAAGAUACCGUCAGUCCUCCCACUGGAAACCUUACCUUUAAAUGCUCAAGAAAAGCUCAUUGUACAAGAUGUUCUCGCUUGUUUACAGGGUAUUGAUGGAGUCUACAUCAAAGCCCUUAACAUAUCAGAUCCGCACGCGGUUCGGAAUUUCGCAGUAGACGAAAAGAUGCAUCCAUCCCUCGUAGAUACCGUGAACAGGAUUGUCCCCAUGAUUUCGCAUUACUCGCUCAUUGUCCGCUUUAUUGAAGAGAAGUCGCGGUACGAAUAUGGUCGUGUGAAUCAGGCACUAUGUGAGGCAAUGGAGCAAUUUCUUCAGGAGUACUGGAAACUCUUGUGUCAGUUGGAGGUCCAAUAUCGCUCCAACCAGUUGGGGAUUUCACGGCUUUUACUCCUUCUGAAGGAGACUGGCUACCUUUUUAGUCAACUUGCCCAAAUAGCGACAAACAUCAACACAGGUGGCUGCGUGGGAGGUGCCACAUUGUCUCUUCUCUACGACAGCCUCCGCAGUCAGUCCUCUGUUAUGAGCCAAGUACAUGACUGUCUGGUGUACCUGAUGCGGUCUGCUUGUGAACCCUUUUUUGAGUCCUUGAGUCGAUGGAUUUAUAGGGGCGUUCUUCGCUCAGAUGACGCCGAAAGAGGAGAGUUCUUUAUCGUAAAACCCUCGUCUGUGCCUACGCCAAACCACCAAACAGAAAAUGACACUGCUUGGGAUUAUAUAAACUCGGCCUACUAUUGGGAGCGGAGCUAUUCUAUAGUGUGGACCCAGCUGCCUGGUUUUUUGGAAUCUCAUGCCGAAAAGAUUUUGUCGACGGGGAAGUAUCUUAAUGUGGUGCAACAAUGUGAUAGUUCUCUAAAGCUUGCCGAACCGGAAGUCAUUGUUUUUAGUGAAACGGAAAGCGAUUUUUUAAGUCAAAUUGAUCGAGCUCAUGCGUUUGCUAGCCGGACUCUGUUGGACUUCAUUCUCAAACAGAAAGAUCUCAAGGGUAUUCUAAAAUCGAUGAAACGGUAUUUUUUGGUUGAUCAGGGAGACUUUAUUGUCCAUUUCAUGGAUACAGCAGCCAGUGAACUGAAGAAACCAAUAUCCCAGGUAUCAAUCAGUGGGCUCAAUUCGCUUCUUGAAUGGGCGCUGCGAACUAGUUCAGCUGAUUCUGACCCUUACAAAGAAAACUUGAAGGUGGCAAGCACGAACUGUGAUUUGAUAACACAAAUUCUGACACUUCAUGUCGCUGCCGGUGGCAAUUUUGUCGACACUAUAAUCGACAUGGAUCCAAGCACGUUAGAGGCCUUUUCUCUUGACUACAAAGUUGAGUGGCCGACGGCUCUGGUAAUAAAUCGGCCCGUGAUCGACCGCUACCAAAUGCUCUUCCGCCAUCUGUUUUACUGCCGCCAUGUUGAACGCCAUCUCUCCUCGUCGUGGGCGAUGCGAAAGGCGGCUCGUCGCGCGAACACCGCGGCGGCUCUCGCCUUUAACAACGCCUUUAUUCUCGGCCAGCGGAUGCUCACUUACAUUCAAAAUCUCCAGUACUAUAUGACCUUUGAGGUGAUCGAACCCAACUGGCAAAAUUUCUUCCACUUCCUAGACAAGGCAAGUGCUGAUAAUUUGGAUGAGGUUCUGGAGGCUCAUGAACGAUGCCUUGAAAUUUGCAUGGACGACUGUCUCCUCACUUCGCCCGACUUGCUCGCCCUUGUGGACAAACUCAACGCCGUCUGCAUCCAAUUCGCCAAUUGUCUAAACCGUCUCGCCGAUGCAAGUCUGGACGACACGCUCGAAAGCUUCCCCAUGAGCAGUGCCGCCUCAAUACAACUCUCGGCCAGCGCCGCCAAACGCGGCGUCUCGCCCUCCUCUUCCCUGGGCAGCAUUGGUCCCACGUUGAUCCGAGGCAAGAAACGACAUGUCUCCUUGACUAGUAGUGAAGGUGGAACAGCCAGUCUUUUUCGUGGAGAAACUGGUUCUUCCUUAACCGGGUCAACCUUUGACGUGAGAAGACGGGUUGCUGCAUCGGACCUGAACAGUGUCGGCUCGAGUGAACGUUUUGCCAUUGCAGUUGAAGAUUUCGGCUUGAAGUUCAACAGUCUAAUUGUUGAAUUGCUCCUUAAGAUCCGUCGGCCAGCUGAUCGUGAAAGAGACAAGCUCCUUAGUCUCGCUGCUAGGUAA